UCCUCAUAAAUCUGUUUGCAGUUCUCUGACAGCGUAUAAAUUCAGUCCAUUCUUCAUCUUCUCUUCUGGUCUGUCUGUCAAUCUCUCUUUCUUUUUCUUUGUUCUUGGCGACUGAUUUUGCAUGCAUGGAGGGCUGGGAUUUGCAGGCUGUAGUAAGAGGAUGCAUAGAUGAAGCCCCCGCCGCUUUCUUGGCCAACCCAGAAUCUCGUUUUGCUCCUUUGAGUGCUGUAAAAGAUGUCGAUCUUUUAAGCUUUCCUGAAAUCAGUGAUACCAGAACAGUUUUAGAUGAACUAGAAAACCUUUACAAGCCCUUCUACCCCGUUUCCUCGCAAGCCAUCCUUGCCAGCUCGGCCAGCUCCAUAUCUGUUCCUAAAGAACUCAAAGAAGCAGAACAGCAGCAAAUAAAGAAAAAACAAACAGCUGCACACAGAAGAAUAAGAAAGAAUCAGAACAAGGUGGUGCAACAGGUGGCUGCCAGCGAGGGACAUGGCUCAGAUUUGUGGGCGUGGCGGAAAUACGGUCAGAAACCCAUCAAGGGAUCGCCAUAUCCGAGAAGCUAUUACAGGUGCAGUAGUUCAAAAGGGUGUUCAGCAAGAAAACAAGUGGAAAGGAGCCAUUCGGAUCCGGGAAUUUUCAUUGUAACCUACACUUCAGAGCACAAUCACACCCAUCCAACUCGCCGGAACUCCCUUGCCGGCAGCAGGCGUACCAAGUUCCCGGCGCCCGAAAAGAAAGGCAACUUUUCUCCGACAACCCCUUUGAUGGCGGCAGCAGCCAUUGAGGAUGAGUUUGUGCAAAGUGAGAAAGUGAAGAAUCACGAGGAAGAGCAAAUAGUACAAGGAAAUGAAGGUAAUAAUAUAAUUUCCAUGCCUGAUAUAAUAUUGGACAACGAAUUAUUCUUUCCAAGCCUAGAGGAUUUUGUAGAACUGGCCGGAGAACCGGCCUUGGAUGGUUUCCUUUUGGACCAAUUAUUGGAUAACUGUCCUUUACCUUGGUUCAAUAUUGACAAAUCCACGGCCGUAGGUGAUGGUCACUGACAUAAAGGAGGAUCAUGGGUUACUCAAGGCUUCAAUUUCUCAAAACAUGCAAAUUGUAAUUUAGUUUUCCUUCUCUUUUGCCCUAAUCCGUUUUGUAAUUUAGAUUCCAACUUCACUGAAAAUAUAUAGUUUUCAGGUAUUAAUUUGACAAAAGAUGUGUUUGUAUGUUAUAAAUGUUAGAAUAUUAAUUAAAGGGUUAAUUGCAUUUAUCGUCUCUAA